AUGAAUAUUAAGUGGUUCAUUAAUUUAGCAGUUUUAUUUGUGGCGAGUGAUAAUCUAGUGCAAUCAUUCAACAUAUCGGUAUACGACAUUUGUCCCUUAUAUAAAAAGGGCGCCAGCUUGAAUAUACACGACGUGGUUGGACGUUGGAUGACAGUCUACACGCAACCGAGGGCGAUAGAUUGCUUUAAAUUUCAAGUUAGAGCAACUACUGACUUGGAGCGAGAACAAUACGUAAUAAAAUAUGGAGAGUUCGACGGCCGCGUGGACUGGAACCUUUGUCUCUUGCAAGUGGAGACAAUCGCAGGGAAACACUUCUUAAUGGGUAACGGUUCCGAAUCAGGACUCCUGGAAAAUAUUAUUAUAAUGGAGAACAAAAAUGGCGACUAUAUGUUACAAAACCAGAGCGCAGAUCAAUGGAUGUUGUUUGGUCGCCGCGGAAGUGAAGUGUUAAUGAUCCGUGAUUGCUACGGGGAAACGGCGGCCGCGUUCGCGCGCGCCCCCUACUGGCCCUCCACGACCGAACUUAGUGCAAUAUUCCACCGCAGUGGCAUUGCUGCACAAACUCGUGGACGCCUACUUUGCGAGCCUCACGAAGGACCCAGGAGGCAGCCGCAUUAUGUAGCCAGUUACUCACACAAUACAAACAGGAAUUACUAA